AAGACAUGUGGAAGUUUUAAGUUCAAAUAAGAAAACAGUCAUGAUUUAUUUCUUUGAUGUGUAUGGUUUAUUUAAUUUUUUCUACCUAAUUCUAUAUUAUCAUUGAAUUAUAUCACUACUCUUUGUAUCCCAGGAAGAAUUCUUGAUGCUUUAGUAGUGAUUUGAACCCUAGGCCUUUUAUUAGUGACUUGCCCCUUCAAUAACUAAGAAAACCCAACUAUAAAUUAAGGGUUUUUAGAAACCAACUUCACUUUAAACCCCUCAGACUCGGAGGAAUAAUAAUGCAAGCAGCACUGCAUGUAGGUUCUUAGCAUAGUCCAACGGCAUUAAAGAUAAUACUACCCAUCUAUACCAUCUUUACAGAACACCAUUAGCAUCAACUAUUAAUUUUAUUUACUCGGGAAGUGCUUCUUUCAAGAAGAUUUACUGCUAUCAUUUUGGCAGGUUUGGAGAGUUUCAUAACACACUUAAGGAACAUAUAGUAGCUGCUGUUUACAGAGCAAGUUCUAAGGUUUUUACCUAACAUUACAUUAAUAAGUGAUCGUCAUUUUUAUUCCACCUUUUGUUUUAGCCAGGUUCACCAUUGAUCCUUUCUUCAUUGCUUAAAACUUGGAAAUGGACUCCUGAUCAUGGUAAAAACAAUAUAACAUCCAUACAGACGUGUUGAUAAAAAACGUUUGCAAAUAAUUUCAUGAUGACCUCAACAAACACACUCAGGAAGUAGUGAACCUGGCAAAAUAUUUCAGUAUGUACUUUUCAUAUUGCCACUGAAACAAGUCAAGUGCCCUGAGGUGGAACACGUCAGAGUGUCUAUUAUACACUAAUGCAUAUAGCCUUAUUAAAAGAAAAUAUAUUCUGUGAUUACUUGCCAGGGAAUUGGAAAUGAUUACAUUAUGUAUAUGUAUAGGAUUGUGCUGCAAGGUAUAUUUUUAUUUUCAAUAUGAUUUUUUACCCUUUUACAGAAUUUCUAAGAAGUGUUAUAGUAAAAAUUGCUGGGUUUAUUUAUAUGUUUAGAGUACAUGUCAGAUUUUAGCAUAUCAUGCGUAUAUACGUUUGACGUGGCAGGUAAUUGAUCAAUUAUCCAACUCUAUUCAAGUACAUAUAUAUAUACUUUGGGAAAUGAAACAAAAAUACAAGGCACAGACGUUGCACACAUAAUACAGUCUCUACCCUAAAAUUUAAUUUAAAACCAAAUUUAAUUAGUUAUUUUCAUGGUUGCAUUCAGUUAAUUCGAUUGAUUGAUUUUGGAAUGCAAGAUGAAACACGUGGAAAGGAGAGUUUGAAGUUGUGAUCUUCAGGGUAAGUACUGGAGUUGGUAAGAGCAUAGACUGGGUCAGGAGGAAGUUUGGGAAAUGUGUUGCAACAGAUAUGGCGUUUGAUUUGCACUCACAUACAUGGUCAACUUUGAAGACAUAUGGAAAACCACCGCUUCCUUACAAAUUGUUCGAUGGGUUCUAGCGGCAGCCGUAUAGACACACGUCCUCAUCGCCCACUCGCAGGCAUCAUUAAACAAGCCUUUUCCUACCUUCUCACCAGGUUUUCUUCUUCCUAGUUAUCACUUGAUCAGGUAUAUAUAUUCAUAUCUAUAUGCUUUCAUGUGUUUUCCCCCUUUGAUUAUAAACUGAAAUAUUGAAAAGGAAGACAGCAAACGGGCUUGUUGGAGUAUUCAAAAACAAUUUCACAUACACACAUUUAUAAACAAGUUCCAGCUUCAUCUGCUCGGCAUCAUUCCACAAAACUUCUGUGUGUUCCCCAACACAAAUUACAAACUGAUCUCUGCCUCUAUCAUCUGUGAGCUAAUUUUGCAAACUCUCCUGCUGAAUUUACAAAAUUCAUAUGGAUCCAAUCAGAUGCGAGUUAAGGGAAAGGAGAGGGAAAAGGAUGAAGAAAGAAGGGGUAUGGAGAGCGAAAAGGAAGAAGAGGUAUGGAGAGGGAAGAUUCAACUGGAAAAAACGGGUGUACCUACCUGAAUUAGGUGCGAUUCGACUGCAGACUCCCCGUUGUCCGCUUCCAACCAGCGGGAGAACUCAUCUCAAUAUUUUUCUGGAUUCCAUACAACAAUUGGAAUUCGGGCAAUCGCCCUAAUAAUUGCCGAUAAACGGCUGCGGGAAGGCAUAAGCCUCUCCCUAUACAGCCCCGGGAGUCGCCGGGUUUCUGCAGGCGGCGACGACUCCCUCUUGGACUCCUCUGUCUCUGCGGUUUCUAUCUGGGGACGCAUCCUUUGUCCUAAAUUUCCAACACCAAAAUGGUUUGGUUGCCAUGUGGCAUAUAAGACCAAUAUAUAGUACAUGGUUAAGUACUCCGUUAACAAUAAACUGUCUUGUUACAU